AUGGCCUUUCUCAAGCACCCGUCUGGCGGCAAGUUUGUCACUGCCGCCGCGACUAUGAUUUUGUUUGCGGCUUGCUUGCCCUUCGCAGCACUUGCCCAGUCUAACGACCCCACGCCCCGGCUGGAAGUGCAGAUAUCAAUUGCAAAUGGGCUGCUGAACGGCAGUGUUGACGGUCGCAUUGUGGUCAUGUUCGCUCCUAGCGGUGUAGACCCUCUCGACGACACGGACGUUACGUCUAGCCCUAACCUGUUCUUCGGAAUGAAUGUCUUCAAUGUAGCGAACAUGGACACGAUCACGCUCUCCGGCGGAAGUGGGGAUAACAUCAUGACGGGCGUAUGGGGCUUCCCAAACGUGAGCUUGGACGAUGUCCCCAAGGGCAACUAUUCGGUGCAAGCCUUCCUGAACAGGUACGACAAGGUAUCUCGCAGCGAUGGAUCUUCGCUCAGCGUGCACUUCCCCUGUGGCGAUGGCGCACCAAACAUCAACGGAUUCGGGAGUCUCACCACGUCGAUAAUCGAUACAAACGUCCAGGGAGGUCCACAGACAAUCAAGCUCAGGAUGGACAACGUGACAGUCUUUGAGGCUUUCACAGGCACGGAGAUUGGCGGUUGUGCCCAAGGAAACUAUGAAGAUACGGCAACACUCAAGCAUUUGAAGAUUCGCAGUGAGGCUCUCAGCAAAUUUUGGGGCCGCAAUAUGUAUGUUGGCGCCAACAUCGUCCUACCCAGUGGGUAUGAGGCCAAUGACACGACCACGCGGUAUCCGGUCAUCUAUUCGCAGGGUCAUUGGCCGGCAGAUGGCGGUGCUUUUGGUUAUCCCAAGUCAAAUUUCUCAGAGGCAUGGGACCAAGGAGAGAUUCCCGGCGAAGACGGCCAACCUGACCGGCCCACGCCUAAAAUGAUUCUAGUGACCUUCCGUCAUGAGUCACCGUUUUAUGACGAUUCGUACGGUGUCAACACAGCAAAUCUAGGCCCCUAUGGCGAUGCUAUCAAUGAUGAGCUAAUACCGUACAUCGAAACGGUUUUCAACACAAUCCCUGAGCCUUAUGCACGCAUUCAGGUCGGUGGGUCGACAGGAGGCUGGAUCUCUGCUGCCAGCGUCGUUUUCAGGCCUGAUCUGUUUGGUGUCUGUUUCUCAUCGUAUCCUGACUCAUUGGACUUCCACAGGCACCAAGAUAUCCAACUUUACACUGCUACAAAUGCUUAUCAACGCCCCAACGGCAGUGCGACCCCGUCUAUACGUGACUUCGAAAACGGCACCGAAGUUGUUCUAGCCACUGUAGCGCAGGAGAAUCACUGGGAGCUUACGUUUGGCACUUCGACGCGGUCGUCUCUGCAAUGGGACGUUUGGAACGCGGUGUUUGGCGUACAGGGCGUCAAUGGCUAUCCUCUGGAACCAUGGAACAAGGUCACCGGGGAAAUCUAUCCUGAGGCCGUUGAGUACUGGAGGCACAUGGAUCUGGCUGACUAUAUCGUCAGUAAUUGGGAUAACGACCGCAACCUCGGGGAGACGCUGCGCGAACGUCUGUUCAUCUACGUCGGGACGUGGGACGAUUACUAUCUAAAUGAGGGCGUCAUAGAAUUUCAGAAGCGCAUCGAAGCCGCCGGCGGACCCAACUGGGCCAACAUCACGAUUCUUCCAGAGAAGCCGCACGGUGGCAACUACCAAGGCCGAGAAAUAUGGAACUUUCUUGAGCUAGUCCACAGUUGGAUCGAAGAUCACUCCCCUAAGGGAGUAACGCCACUGUCGAGUACUGUUACAACACCGUCUUCAAGGGGAAACACCUUCAGUGAGGUGCUUGCAUAUGGUGGCCAUCAAGCAGCACUCGCACGCCAGGCGGCACCCUCUAUCGAGACCGGAGACUGUGGUCAAGCAGGGUGUGUCUUUAAGGCGAACGUGGGACGAUGGGAUCCCGGCGUGUCACUCGAAGCGUGGUGGACUGUCAAUGGCAAGCCAAGUGAACCAUUUGAGGUAGAGCAGGGAGAGACGCUGACAUACAAGCCGGAGGCGCGCAGCAAGUGGUCUUUUCUCCAGCUCUGGGUGACUGCACGCAAGUCGGGCUACGUGGAGGAGACGAGGCAGAGCAACAGUAUGGUGAUAGAUUGAGGAUCUUUGCCUCGAGUAGCGUUAGG